UUUCACCGCGAGUAGGCAUGAGAGUAGGAGCGGUCGAUUGCUUCAUUCAUUUUCUGACAAGAGUAACGCAGCGUGUGCCAAUGCAAAGUAGGCAACACUCAACCCCGCUGGUUAACAGUAGCUAGGCGCUUGCUUUGGUAUGAUAUUUUGGCGGUGAGCGAUGGAAAUGAAAGACUCGUGCAGUGUCAUUUUAACAGCAUACCAUUCAUACGCACAGUCCAGGAUACAUUUGGUGGAUGAGGGCUAUGCGCCUCCAAGACACUCUCCUUGCAGGAAGGUGCAGUACCAGGGGAUAGACCUACUAGGCAGGAUGAGUUCUAGGGGGACCAGGCCCUCUCCCCCUCCCAGCCCACCGGAGCGGCCGGCGUCACGGGACUCCCAGGACUCCAUGGAGGACUAUUGGAGUGAAGUGAAGAACAUCGAGGAAGAUGGCCAGCGGGGCCACGAGGACUUGCUGGAGAGGGGCAGUAUGGACGAGGCGGAGUUUGAGGAGGCGUGGCUGCAGGAUGCAGGUCUUUCCACGCUGGUGUCGGGGGCGUUGGGGGAGGGGCCUGCGGAGGCGCUGCUCUCCACGCUAACGCGCUCGCAGGCAGCCAUGGUGAAGAAGCGUGUGGAUAAUUACACCCUGACCGUGAGGAAGAGGAGCAAGCAGCCGACUAGACACGUCCGAGACAUCUUCUCCACGCCAGACACAUCGCCAGUUGAUCCCGUCCCCUCUGUUCCCCCCAAGUCACCCAAUGGAGACAUGCCUUCCAGAUGCGUCCACCGGACGUCUUCUAGAGUGCGGCCUGCGUGUCCCAGCUUCUCCCAGAGCACAGAGAGACGUGUUUCAGAGUGCCCUCCCUGCCCACCACCUCAGGACACCUCUGACUCCCUGUCUUUCGAGGUGCCCUACUCCGAGGGCACCACUGCCCACCACAGGGGCCACCACAGGGGCCGCCAGGGGGACUGCCAACGCAUCCGCAGAGAUGACCAUGACCUGCCAACAUUUCAGCUGCCCAGGCCUAAACUGGGCCUCACCCGCAUCCAGGACCUGUCUUGUGAGGACAUGAAGAAGAUCGGCUACAUCUCUUUGAUUGAACUGACCACCUUCUACGACGGCCUGGGCAUCGAGCUCAAACGCAACCGAGCGGCACGUAGCAAGGCCAGAGAAAGUGGUAUAUUUGGAGUUCCCCUGACCACUCUACUGGAGAACGACCAGAAGAAGUUUCCUGGGUCCAAGGUUCCUCUUGUUUUCAGAAAGCUCUUGUCCAAGCUGGAGCAGACAGGACUACAGACCGAGGGGAUUCUCAGAGUACCAGGGUCUGCCUCCAGAGUAAAGCAUCUGCGCCAGGAGCUGGAGCAGAAGCUCUAUGAGGACCGGUUUGACUGGGAGCAGGUGAGGCACAAUGACGCAGCGGGUCUGCUGAAGAUGUUCAUCAGAGAACUGCCUUAUCCUCUGCUCACGUUCCAGCACGCUCCUGCCUUCUCCGCCGCACAGAAUAUCUCCUCUCCCAGACAGCAGAUCCAGGCCCUGCACCUCCUCAUCAUGCUGCUACCUGAGCCCAACAGAGACACACUCAAGGCGCUGUUGGAGUUCCUGAGGAAGGUGGUUGCCUAUGAGGAGAAGAACAGGAUGGGUCUGUGGAACGUGUCCAUGAUCGUGGCUCCCAACCUCUUCUCCUACCGGGGCAAGAACGCCAAACAGGAGGAGAUACAGGGCGCAGCAGGGGCAGCCCACCUCGUACGGCUACUCAUCACACACCAGGACCUGCUCUGGACCGUGCCCUGCUUUCUCAUCUCCCACGUGAGGAAGUUAAAUGAGGCUGGUGCCAGCAAGAAGCCGCCCAGCUCAGAGAAGACCAAGAGGAAGCUGCUACAGAUUAGGAGGAAGACCACUGAACGAGAGAAGACUGAGAGGAGCGAGCUCACUGACCUCCGACAAGGGGUCAUCAGGGUUCACGCCCCACUACACGCCAAGAUCUCCAUGGCGAUCCAGCUUGACAACGAGACCAAGGCCAAAGACGUUAUGGCGCGCUUCGACUACGAGAACGGUCGUGGCACCAGAAACACUAGUCGGAGGCCACGUCAGUAUUUGUUUGAGGUCGGAGGAAACAUAGGUGAACGUAGCUUGGACCCUGAGACUCACCUUCUAGACGUGUACCACGUUAAUCCCCACUGCGAAUGGGUCUUAAAACCCACAACCACAUGAGAACUGAGGAUUUCACUCACUCAAACACAGAGCACAAGCAGACUGAACUGCUGCUCUCUUGAGGUCAUCCUGGUGAACUGACCAUGCAUGGAGGCCUGGUUGAAUUGAGGUUUCAUCCCCAACUACAGACUACUAAAAAGAGAGACAGCACUUAAAAAGGACUAUGAAGAGGUACAUUCUCCUGCUGAAGGAUAGAUGUUCCUGUUUUGUGGGAUUAAACCUUUCUUUUAAACAAAUUACAAAAAAAAGGACGGAACCACUGUACUCUGAAAAUCCGGGUUCUGUAUGGAAGUAUUUGGAGGAGGGACAGCUUUGUGAAGACGUGCCACGCACGUGACCAACAACAUACUAUUUCUGGACAUUUGAAUUGUUUGAUGCCAAAUAUGUACGCAGCAAGUUUCACCCACUACAGAGGCCAUGGACACAGUAACAGACAAGGAUGGGUCUGAUAAUCAAAUAAUGUUUACCACUUCAUGCAAGACCCAGUUAACAUAUAUUUUCUAUAUUUAUACCACUAAUUGAUCCUGUUUUUAAGUAUUGUCACACAUAAUACAUGUCAUUUUUUUAAUUGCAGCAUGUUGAUUGCAAAACCAUUGGGAGUGAGGAGAUUCAGAACAUGUGCAUGAUGGGAAGGAACAAGCGGAGAUGGGAUGAUCUUAUACUGAAUACAGACAUUGUUUCCAUCUCCAACGUUGAAACAACUUCCUUUUCAUGGUCUCUGAUCAGGACUAGGCAGGUGAUAACAAUUUAGUGAAAGCUUAUCCAGUCCGUUCACCUGUCAGUGGUCAUGAUGGAAAGGUGAUGAGGAGAGGAAGCUGUGUCAGAGUAUUGAAACACAGCCCCACAUCAGAAACUUCAUAGCAGUUUGCCUGACAUGCUUCCAAACUGAUUUGACUUUGUUUCACUUCAAACCACAGUGUUCAGUCUGUUUUAACCAGGCUAGUCUUUGUCUGCUUACAGUGUUUGAACUUGUGAAUAAUGUUUACUUUCAGGGCAUGUAUGUACAGUAUGUAUGUAUGUAUGUAUUAGCCCAACCAACCUCUCUCCACUUUGUUCUGGGUCGUUCCACCAACUUUGUGCCUUUUGAGAAGUGUAACUUAAGUCAAAAAUAUUGAUUUCACCUAAUUUGAACAUUCUGUCAUAAAGAGCACAUGUUAAACUUAAUUUUAAAAACUGUUUUCCCAUCAAGGUAAAAUAAAAAAAAUAAGUUCCUAUUAAGUGCCAAAUAAAGUGACAUGGCUGACUGUAACAGGGUUGAUGAUUUCAUCUUAAAACAGACAUAAAUCCCCUUGUGAGAAAUUUGAAAGUAAGCUUCAAAAUGUUUUUUUUUUUUAAUUAUUGUUUAAAAAUUACGUUAUGUUCGACCCCCACGCACUUUUCCAUCACAAAACACCAGAACAUGGUAAAAACAAAGAGAGGAGAACCAACUCGCCUGCUUUUACACCAUGGGGGUUUGACUAGUAAAUGUUCAAUGUUUCUUUUGAAAAAGACAUUUAUAAAGGAAUAGUUUCGCCAUGUUAAAACGAGUUCAGUUCACGUAACAGGGUUGACCUUAAAAUGAGGGACAGAUGUAAAUGAAUCACUCAUCACGUUAAAUAAAUCUUCAGAAAUGACUUUUUCAGAGAAAUAAAACAACUAGGACUUUACAAUGAUGGUGAAAACCUGGGAGACAUUUUGGGGUUAAGGGGGUUAAAGUCUUUCUAGAAGUCAGAGUUGACAUUCAGAGUUGCUGAAUUUUGGCACUAUUAAAAUACUUAUUGGAUUCUUCAUGUGGUCUAUAUUAAAGGGCACUUAAUUGAAUAUAACAGGCUUUUAAAAUGCCUUAUUGGUGCUCGAUUUCUACUUAGCAUAUUAAAAGCACUCUUUGUGGAACGACCAGCAGUGUUAGCCUAGCCUGGCUUCCAACCUGGUUUCACUUCAAACCAUAGUAAAUUCAGUCUAGUCUAACCAGGCUAAUCGUAGCCUGCUUGCAGCAUUUGAACUUGCGACUGUUUACUUGCAGCUCAUGUACGUAUUAGUCAAACCAACCUCUCUCUACUUCUGCUGUGCUGUGCUGUUACUGUAGUUCAGUGUUUGCCUGUGCCAUGAUUGUCAGCCUUUUGUUGUUACAAGUAUUCUGUGGUCCCAAAAUGAACCUGUAGAAAAUGCAUUCAAAACAUCGUUCUGCUCAGGAUUAUUUAAUUUAUCCUUCCAAAGCCAUUGUGUGUAAAAUAAUUGUGUGAAAGAUUAAUUUGUACCAUAGACCUACUACAAUGUGUGUAUUGUCUGUAUAUAGAAUACUGAAUUUUGCACGUUUUUAUUGUUUUAUUUGCUUUUCUUUUAUUUGACCACGACAUUUUUGGCCAAGUGGCACAAUGUUUCACUGACACUGAGUAACAAUGGAAUAUAAAGUAAAGUAAAACAUUUCCUUCUCACCUCAGAAUCAUAUCUUGCCUGAGCUGCAUUGUGAACAAAUAGUUUUCAGUUCAGUUUCUCCUCAGAAAUAGCAUUCAAACUGUAUUCAAACAUUCUUCUGAUUAGUACUCCUG